AUGAUAUUUAGAAAGUUAAGGAAAUCAAAGAACCCGAGCAAUAAAUGUAGAAUUGAUGAGAAUGAAGGUGAAAUUGCAGCCAAUUAUACCAGAGAUAGAAGAUCAAAUGUAGAUAUAACUGAAAUCACAUAUAAUGAACUUGACAUCGCUGCGAUGCGUGAGGCAAACAUGCGAUAUUCUGAAGAGUCUAGACGUAGAGAGAAUAGAAGGAGAAGAAGAAGAGCUCGCCAACAAAGGUCAGCACCAACUCCCGCACCUGCACCUACACCACAACCACCAUCUGAACCUACUCCAAGAGAUGAAUAUAACACUAUAGAUGAAGAAAUUCCUCCUUAUAAUGUUACCCUUCAUAAAUAUCUUGAUCGAAUUUCUUUCGAUCCAAGAUUUGCUCCAUGUUUACGUAUAAACCGUAGACUUGUGCAAUCUGAAGGUGAUCUUCAAACAUCUAUAGAUGAUUUCAAUUCAUUUAAUUUGUUACCCACUUCAAUAGAUCUUUGGACGAUAUCUCAUAUUGAUGAUUUAGAAUAUGAUGAUAUGAUCCCAAAUUUAAUUCAAAUUGAAGAGGAUGAUAACUAUGACGAAUUUCAUACGGCAGACAUAGAGUCAUUCUCGAGUUAUGAUGCCGUUGAUAGAGCAAUCAUUUAUUCAUUAUUGGAGAGUGAAUUCUAUAAUAUGGUACCUACAGAACCUCCCACUUAUCUGUAUUAG